AUGGUGGCUUGGCGAGCCGAGCCGGGGGGCGCUGCCGGGGGAGAUGAUUGGGCCCCCAGGCAGUCGGUCGCCAGGCGGCUGGCCUCCAAGGUCGUCAAUCCCGCCUUCUUCUCGCUGCUGCUGGACGCGCACCCCGAGCCACUGGACGUGGCGCUGCUGGUCGUCGGCAGCCUCGUGGCUGUGGCGGCGGGCAUGCCGUUCCCGCUGCUGUGCAUCUACUUCGGCAAGCUGGUCGACGACCUGAAUUCCUCGGCGUGCAUCGACGAGCCGCCGGCGAACCUGGAGGAGAUGGUGCGGCGCAAGGUCAUCAUCGUGGCGCUGUUCGCCGUCGCCAACUUCGCCACCAUCUACGUCUACAUGGGGUGCUGGACGCUGUUCGGCGAGCGCGUGGUGCGGCGGUUGCGCACGCGCUACCUGCGCGCCCUGCUGCGGCAAGAAGCGGCGUAUUUCGACACCAUGCCCGCCGGCGAGGUUGCGGCGCGGCUGGACGGCGAUUUGCAUACGAUCCAGCAGGGCGUCUCGGAGAAGGUGGGAAUCUACGUCGCGAGCGUGUCCAACUUCAUCACGGCGUACAUCGUCGCGUUCGUGGUGGAUUCCCGGCUCGCCGUCAUCCUGUUCGCGCUCGUGCCGGCGUACUACGCCAUGGUGCACAUUGGAAAGUACUUUUCCCAAAAGUACUCCAAGACGGUCGAUGCGGCCGUGGCCGAGGCCAGCUCCAUCGCGGCCGAGAGCUUGUCCAAUAUCCAGGUGGUGCAGGCCUUCCGGCUGGAGUCGCGGCUCGAAACCAUCUUCGCCGACCACCUCCUCAAGGCCCAGCCCGCCGCCGUGCGCCGCUUCAUCGCCGCCGCCAUCCAGCUCGGCUUCCUCUUCUUCGUCGCGCACACGGCGAACUCGGUUUCGGUGUGGCUGGGCAGCGGGCAGAUCGCCGACUCUGUCGUCAACGACACGGGCUUCACCUUCGGCCGCGUCUACACCUGCCUGCUGGUCCUGAUCAACGCCUCCUUCAUGCUCACCCAAGUCUCCCCCUUCCUCAACAUCUUCUCCUCAGCCGCCACCGCAUCCACCAAACUCCUCGAAACCAUCGACCGCGCCAGCCACAUCGACGGCACGUCCGACUACCACGGCGAGAUCCCGUCGGCCCCCUUCCGCGGCGCCAUCGACUUCUCCUCCGUAACCUUCACCUACCCCUCGCGGCCCGCCGCAAAGGUCCUCGACUCGCUCACCCUCUCCAUCGCGGCCAACCAAACCACCGCCAUCGUCGGCUCCAGCGGCAGCGGCAAAUCGACGCUCGCCUCGCUCAUCCCGCGCAUCUACGACGUCGACAGCGGCACCAUCACGCUCGACGACGCGCCGCUCAGCUCGCUCAACGCGCGCUGGCUCCGCUCGCACGUCGCCAUCGUCGAGCAGAACCCCUCGCUCUUCGACGUCUCCAUCGUCGAGAACAUCGCCUUCGGCCUCGUCGGCUCCGCGCGCCCCGGGCAUUCGCUGCUGCAGGAAUGCGUGGCCGACGGCGGGCUGGGGCUGGUCGCCGACGCCGUCCGCAAGCAGGGCACCUCGCUCGAGCUAGCGGCCAGCGGGUCGGCCACCGCGAAAACAGUCGUACGACUAGUCCUCGACGCAGCACGGCGCGCGGGGGUGCUCGACUUCGCGGGCACGCUCGAGCACGGCAUGGCGACGGCGGUGGGUCCCGGCGGGUCGCGGCUGAGCGGCGGGCAGAAGCAGCGCGUGGCCAUCGCGCGUGCGUUGGUCAGAGAUGCUCCGCUCCUCAUCCUCGACGAGGCGACGUCGGCGCUGGACUCGGCGUCGGAGAAGGCGAUCCAGGCGGCGCUGGAGGAGGUGUGCCGGGGCCGCACCAUCAUCAUGAUCGCGCACCGGCUGGCGACGGUCAAGAACGCGGACAAGAUCAUCGCCAUGGCCAAGGGCAAGGUCGUCGAGGAAGGGACGUACGACGAGCUGCUGGCCAAGGGCGGCUUGUUCGCCGGGCUGCCGUUGAUCGAUGCCGGAGAGGCGUCGUCCGCGUCGGCGGCGGCGGCGAUGGCGGGCCCGGAGAAGGACAUGACGGACGUCGAUAUCGACUCUGACGGCGACGACGAUGAAGACCUCCCGCUGCUCGAGUCGCAGGAGGAGAAGCAGAACAACUCCAAGUCUCCCCAACAGACAUCAUCCGACAAAGCCCCCUCCUUCCUCACCACCUUCGUCGAAGUGGUCAGCAUGGCGCGUCCCUGGCGCACCUACGUGCUGACCGGCGAAGCGCUGAUCUUCGGCAACAUGAUCGGACACCUCACGCCCUGCCGCGGCGAAGCCGCCGUGCGGUGGGCGGGCGUCUUCUUCUCACGCCUAUUCUUCCUGCUGGCCAUCGCCAACUUCAGCGCCAACGUCAUCAGGGGGACAUCCUUCGGCUACGUCGCGGAAAAGGUCCUCUUCAAAACCCGCAUCUUAACCCUGCGCUCCCUCCUCCACCAUGACGUCUCCUGGCACGAGUCGGCCGGCCGCACGCCCGACAACCUGCUGGCCCAACUCACCACCGACACCAACAGCCUGAGCGGCAUGACGGGGUCCGUCCUCGGCAUCGCGUACAGCAUCGUCGUCUCCCUCGGUCUAGGCAUCGUCCUCGCGCACAUCGUCGCCUGGAAAAUCGCCAUCGUCCUCCUCGCCACGGUCCCCGUCCUCCUCGCGGCAGGCUUCAUGCGGCUGCGCGCUUUGGCGCAAUUCCACGAAAAGCACGCCAAAGCCUUCAACCAGUCCGUCGCCGUCGCCAAAGAAGCCGUCGACCGCAUCCAAACCGUCGCCGCCUUCGCUUUGGAAGACCUCUCCCUGCGCGUCUACGGCCGCGCCCUGCGCGCCCCCUACGCCGCGACGCUGCGCGGCAUCGUCACCAGCAACUUCUGGCUGGCGCUGUCGUUCAGCGUCACCAACCUCAUCUACGCCCUGGCCUACUGGUGGGGCGCCAAGCAGACGGCCAACGGCAACUACACGCAGACGCAGUUCUUCGUCGUGCUGCCGGCCCUGCUGUUCAGCGCCCAGAGCUGCGGCCAGUUCUUCUCGCUGGCGCCGGAUAUCUCGCGGGCCGCCGUCGCGGCGCGGAGGAUCCUGGGCUUGAUCGACGAUAUGCCGCCGGCGGCGCCGUCGGCGGAGGUGCUGGAUGUGCGGCACCAGAACAAUCACAGUGCCGCCGACCAGGACGACGACGACGACGACGACUCAGCCGUCGGCAUGAUGCCGAUGAAGGAGCUGGGCGGCGGGAACCGGCCACUCAACGCCGGGCUGGGCGUCAGCGUAUCCUUCGAGGACGUCCGCUUCGCCUACCCGUCGCGGCCGAACGUACCAGUCCUCAAGGGCCUGGACAUAAGCGUGUCGCCGAACCAGUUCGUCGCGCUGACGGGACCGUCCGGCUCGGGCAAGAGCACGGCCUUUGCGCUGCUGGAGCGCUUCUACCGGCCGACGUCGGGCUCGGUGAAGCUGGACGGCAAGGACGUGGCGAGCGGGACGGAUGCGUCGUUUAGAGAUGACAUCGCGCUCGUCCCGCAGGCGAGCGUGCUGUUCGACGGGUCGGUGGCGUUCAACAUCGGGCUGGGUGCGCCCGUGGGCGUGCGCGUGUCGAGGGCGGAUAUAGAGGCCGCGUGUAUGGCUGCUAAUAUCCACGACACGAUUAUGAGUUUGCCGGAAGGAUACAACACGCGCUGCGGCAGGAAUGGGAGCCAGUUUAGCGGUGGGCAGCUGCAACGCCUCAGCAUCGCCCGCGCCCUCCUCCGCAAGCCUCGACUGCUGCUCCUCGACGAACCCACGUCGGCCCUCGACGCCGAGAGCGAGCGCAUCUGGCAGACGACGCUCAACCGCAUCAGCCGCGACAUGACCGUCAUGGUCAUCGCCCACCGCCUGGCCACCAUCCGCAAGGCCGACAAGAUCUUCCUCAUCGACGGCGGCCGCUGCGUCGACUCGGGCUCGCACGACGAGCUGCUGGUGCGCAACGAGGCCUACAAGUCGAGCGUCGUGCACCAGACGCUGCAGUAA